AGAGCGGCAGUUGAAGCGCCUAGCUGCACAAACAGUCUGCACAAUGCCUGUUUGUUCCAUUUGGUAUAGCAUGCCGCACCCGUUGCUCGCGGCAGUAAGUGCUGCCGUCUAUUCGUCCUUCAUCUCACCGCCGCGGCGUGUCCCAGCUUCUCUGGGACGACGGCGUCCUGCCGGCGUCGCCGUCCGGUGCGCGCCGAACGGCGGUGGCGUGCCCGCAGCGGGCGACACGAAAGCGAAGCUCAAGGUGGGCUCCCCGAUCAUCAUCGUCGAGGCGCCUGUGAUGCUCAAGACCGCCGCGUCGGUGCCGUCGCUCCGGCACAACAGCGGUCAGGUCAAGCCCGGCGACGUCGGAAGGAUCAUGGCGCGGAAGCCCAAGGACGUCUGGGUCGUGCGGCUCGCCGUCGGCUCGUACCUGCUGGAUGGCAAGUUUUUCAGUCCCUUGGAUUCUGACAACGGAGAUGAUGGUGAGCCCCAGGCCCAGGAUGAAUGAGUGAUCAAUGCCUUAACGGUAUGAUUGAAUCGCAUGUUUACUCACAUGUCGUGCAGACAUGUCCAUGCUUAUAUGCAUGAUUGCAAUUUGCAAUGUAAGGUCCAUGAUGUGUAACUUCUGCCGACAGCGAGUGAUUACUAUCUGUCUUAUUAUCAACUUAUCAUAGAGGGGAAACACAGCUUCAAUAUUCUAAUUUUGAGUACAACCUCAC